GUGUGGAUUUUUCCGAUCAAAUUUUCGAACGAAUAGAUUUGAAUAUGGCAAUCGCGAAGAAACUGGAAGAUGAGAUCUCACGUUCGUCUCCUUCUUCGUCACCAUCGCUGAGGGAAGCUCUGUUAAUCUCUACUAUGUGCAUCAUCGACUUACAAGUCCAUGUGCAUAUCCAGGAUGGCUCUGUUUUUUCUGGGAUAUUCUACACCUUCUCUCUUGAAAACGAAUUCAGCAUUGUUUUGAAGAAUGCUAGACUUACUAAGAAGGGAAGAAGUAAAUCGAAUGUAGCAAGUGGGAAGAUCGUGGAGACACUUGUUAUUUUGUCUUCCAAUAUUGUUCAAAUUGUUGCAGAGGGAGUCUCGCUUUCGCCCAAUGUUUCAGGCGAGAUUGAGGGUGAAAAUGUUGUCUCGGCCGUGGCAAUUACUUCCGAGCCUCGUUCUUGUGUUGCAAAUAAGUCCAUAAAUUCUGGCAAUAACAGACGGGGCGCUAAUCGUAGAAGAAAUUCCGCCAAACUUGAAAAUCGUUUGGAAAAUAAAGUAAGAACCUUGACAUCUGCGAAAGUAAACGGAACCACAGAUGCUUUGAAAGAGCCAGGGAGAAGAGAUCAGAACAAACAUCAUCCUAUCUCUCUGAACCAUCAACGACAGACUGGAUCCCGCAUUUUGCAGCAUAGUAAACAAAAUACUGUAGUGCAUCAGAAGGAUAAUGUUGAUCCCCAAAGCUCAAGUAUUAGCUUGGACAACACGUUUGAACGUGUAAAACCGACUGAACAAGAGAAAACUAUGCUGGGUCUUUCUAGUAAUGGUUUUCAUGAUGCUGCAGAAAGGCCCUCAUCAACUGAAAAUUCAUCAUCACAGAGCACAACUCCGGAUGAAAACUCAGAAAUGACUCAGGUUUUGGUGGCAUCUACAAAUAGGAUACCUAAUCAGUCAACAGACCCUAACAAGAAAACUAAGGAGUUCAAGCUAAAUCCUGGAGCAAAGACUUUUUCUCCAUCUCUUGCAAAACGUCUUACAUCAACUUAUACUGGUACGACGCCUGUUGUUGCAAAUAUAGGUUAUGUGCCGAGUAGUACUCCUAUGUUACCAGUUCCUGAAGCUGGUCAACCAGAAUUUGGAAUCAGCCCUUUCUUGUCUCAUGCACCUUCGCCUUCCAAGUUUGUUCCGUACACCAAUUUGGCUGCUGGAAAUGCUGGUGGUAUAUCUCAUUUUCCCCAACAUAUGGUUGGACCUACUAUUAUCAACAGGGGACAGCCAAAUAGAUUUACUACUCAGUUCCAUCCUGUUCAAGCCACACCAAUGCUUGUAAAUCCCAAUCCUCAGAUGAUGGUCGGGAGAUCAGGACAGCUUAUGUAUAUGCAACCAAUUUCUCAGGAUUUGGUUCAAGGAGCACCUCAUCACCCACAUCCACCCCCUCGUCCUCUGUUUUCUCCACAACAGCUCCAAUAUCCAAAGCAUCAAAGUCUAAUCGCAACUGGUCAACCGAUGCAACUUUAUGCUCCCCAACCAUUUGCAGCUAGUGGACAUCAGCCUUACACAGUCAUGCCUACCGAUAUUCCAGUUAUGCAGCCAACUUUUCCGAUUAACCGAGCACUGCCAAUUCCAGUUCCUAAUGGUUUCUAUGGCACAAAGUUUCUUUAGAAAGUCUUAAAUUUUUUUCUUCAUUACCUUAUUGUUUGCCUCCCAGCUUGAUAAGGCUUAUAUAAUAAAGAUUUUGAUCCACAGUUAGUACUUAAAAGUUAAAGAUUUCGUCUAUUGUUUUGGA